UGAACUGCAGCAGAUCAUCUUGACCAUGUCUACAUGCCUAAAUGUGUUGCGUUGCUGCCAUAUGAUUAACUGAGUAGAAGUUUGCAUUGACGAGCAGUUGGACAGGUGUACCUAAUAAAAAUAGCCGUUUGUGUGAUGCAGAGCCAAGAGGACAUCUUUAAUCCUCUCAUCAUCAAUGGAGUGGUGACCCGAGACAAAGACUUCCUACACAAACUCGGCAAAGUGCUGAAACUUGACUGGAUAGUCGGCAAAAGCUUCAAGGCAUGAACAGACUCACUUGCAAGCAGCGUCAGGACAACAAUAAUUGCCAUUUUAAUUGCUUUGUAGGCUAGAUGAUUUAUUCAAAACCUUAACAUUAAUUAUAUGUCUCAUCGUUAUAGGUUUGAAUUCAAACUAAUGUAGCGUAACUUAUUCAUUUUCAUUGGGCUUGAGUUUACCUUGCUAUAUUUCUCAGAUGAGGAGAUCGCUCAUUAACAGAAUCAUCCCAUCUUUUGCUUGCCUCGCUGUGAAAAACAAUGAUUUCAUUGCACUUAGUGGACUUCUGGAGAAGACGGAAGUCAGUCAUCGUACCUACGAUGAUUCCACGGCCCUUCAUACAGCCUGUGAGCUGGGGAACAUAGACAUGAUCAAGUUCUUGUUAUCAAAGGGGGCAUCGCAUCAUCUGGACCACCGAGGAAACUGCCCCUUAUACAUGGCUGUUAAGAACAGGCAUCAUCAUGCUGUCAGCCUCCUGCACUUUAAUGGAGCCACUGUUACUAAACCCCCUGUGACAAUCGCUAUGGAAAUGAUCCAAGUGAUACAGAUCAAAGACCACCGUCUUCUGCUUGCUUGGGCUAUAGCAGGCGUCGACAUGGACGCUCAAGACUAUAAUGGACGCACAGCAAUGCAUGAGGCGGUUUAUUUGGGAGAUGUGUUCAUGAUCAGAAAACUACUGGAAUAUGGAGCCACACCACUGAUGAAAGAUGUGUGGGGUCAGACAGCAGUGGAUGAUGCUCAGAAUAAGGCAGCCAUCAUGGCUCUUUUUGAGCCUAUUUUUACAGUUCAUUGCCCCACCAAAGAGGCCUAUUUACUAUGUGAGCCUAAACUUUCAGUCAGAUACUAAAAUGUUUUUUGUAAUUAUAUGUGUCUCACUGUUCUGUUGUACUGCAUUUGUCUUAAAUAAUACCUUUUUAUUUAAAAAUGCUUUGUUUCCUCUGAGAUUUUGGUCCAUAUUGACAUGAUAGCAUCACGC